UAGCAUUUUCAUUAAUUCCAAACGCCUCCCCCGUUCUCUCCAAGUGGCAGCGCGCUUCAAUGGCAUCAAAAUAUUCUUCCGGUCUUCCUUCUGACUCGUAAUUGGAGUCGGAAAGCAGAAAACGAAGAGGAAGAAGACGAAGAAAAGCGAAAAAAUGGUAGAACGGUGGUGAUUCCUCACGCUGUCUCUCACUCUCACACGAAUACCCAUAUCCUGUUUGCUUCUUUGUGAUCUUCAUUAUCACUAUUCCUGAGUGACGGGCCGUUGUUGGUUGACGCAAUCUGUAGUUCAUCUUCUCGCUCGGUGUACAGAUUGUGCCUAGAGGGGUGAGGAGAGAAGGGUGGAUAUGGCGGACAAAGCUUCUAGAGCUUUGGUGAUCUAUGGUGAUGGGCUGAUGCCUUUUCUCUCUCGUCAACAUACCAAUAUACAUAAGCUUGCUUCUUUGGGCUGUUGCGGUUUCCUGGCAUUGAGGAAUGCACCUCUUGGCGAAAAUGAGGAUGUGAAAGUAGCCAGAGAACUAGCUCAACUGCUGGAUGUACCUUGUGCAUAUAACACUGGAGAGCAUGAUCAUACUGAUGCUAGUGCCAUUUUUCAGAAGUCUUGCAUGCCUAUGAUAUCAGAAAGGUUUAUGGGGAUGAAAGCUGCUUUCUGCACAGACUGUUCCAUAGCUAAAUCAUUUGGAAAAGAUGCUGGCUUCACAGUAACUAAUGUUCAUGAAUUGAUGGAAGGAAAUGUUACUUCAGGACAUCUUGAUCAAGAUAAGCUUGAUACUCCUAUUUUGGCUUCCAGGUUGCUGAAGUUGCUAGGCUUACAAUACGGUGAUGUAGUAGAGACAAAUGAAAAUGAUCUAGUGCUUGUGCAUGUCGAAGCUUCUACUGAAAGCUUUGCUGCUAAUGAACUUGAAUUUGUGAAUUUAUUGGUUGGUGAGAUUAUUGAAAUUGCACAAAAUGCACCUAAGAUAUCUUCACGAUUACAUCUUUCUCUUGUCUUAAGUUAUGGCUCUGUUCCUGAAAAUGAAAGCAGAAGUUUCCUAACUUUAUCUCCUGAAAAGGAUGAUGGUAAUCUUUCAAUGCUUUAUCCUCAUCAAAGUUACACUAUGAAGGAAGGGAAGAUACUAAAUGGCAUAAGGCAUCAUCAUCCAAUGUUAAUUGCCCAGUGGCAGGAGGCUGUGACCCGCAGGGAUAUGGCUCAAGUUUUCGAGUUUGAAGAGUUUAAGAAGCAUGGAGGCAAUCUUGCUAUACUUGCUGAGCGGUUUAUUCAUGAGGUAGCAUUCAAGCUCUGGAAGGCUCCCAAAUAUGGUGCUUGAAGUAGUCAGAUUUUCUUUCUACCAUAUCUACAACAGUUGAGUUUCCCUCUUGUUGCUUCUUGUUGAUCUUCUUAUACGGUGAUUUGGUUUAUGAGCUUCAUAGAUCAUAAGUCUGUAGAAUAAAUUUCUGCCAAGGCAUUGAGUUAUAACUUUUGACCGAUCUA